AUAUAUAUACACACAGCAGGGGCGGACUAACAACUCAUGGGGCCCCCGGGCAAUAGGGGAUCAUGGGGCCCCUGUGUCAUUGCCCACACUCAAACCACAUCAACAAAAGCCUAUGAAAGGUACCAGGGGCAUCUCAUGGGGCCCCCUACUGACCCCGGGCCCUCGGGCAGUGCCCGAAUUUCCAAAUGGUCAGUCCGCCCCUGACUCAGAACAGAUAACAGCUACCACUGGUCAGCAUAGGUAAUCUUCUGUACUAACAGCAAGAUCAUCGCUAUUAUACUCAGUACAAAGAUUCAUGAACCAUCUAAGCAAGAUUGAUAGUAUCACUGUCUCAUGGAAACACAAGGCUAACAUCACAUAAUGA